AUGAGCUCAAAUCCAGACUCCAUUGACCCGAAGGAGGUCAAGGUCAUCGACGACGACGACCUUAUGCACCUUGCUGAUGCGCCUGCCGAGGGUGGAGAGCGCCGACGGACGCACCACGACAUUCCCGCUCAUGGCCACAACCCUUCCAUGCAGAAGGACGUCGACGAGAACCCAGACUUGGCCCUGCACUAUUCCCACGAGCAUCAACACAAACACCUACACCAUGGCCGCCCUUCGUUGGCCGAUCGCCAUGACGAGGUCCUUUACGCUGAUGGUACCACCAUCGAUCAACAUAUUGGCAGCAAAAAUCCUCAAGACUAUGUGAAACACCAGCUUCGACAACCCUCGGGACCAGUCAACGAGAAGGACUUCAUCACUAUGGGCGACGCUGAGAAAGGAGACGUCGAUCCCACGCGGGUUCUGACGAACACGUCAGAAGAUGAUGGAAGGAAGCAUCGCUUUUCAAGGACAUACGGAAAAUACAAGAUCUUUGUCCACCUCUUCAUUUGGUUGCUGUUCACCGGAUGGUGGAUCGCUGGUUUGGUCCUGCACCGCCACGACUUGGGCUGGCUGAUUCCUUUCCUCCUCUAUCUCGCCAUCACCUUGCGCCUGAUCUUUUUCUGGGUGCCCAUUACUAUCGUCACUCGACCAAUGCAUUUCGUUUGGAACAAUACAGGCGUCAAGGUCUACCAGGCUAUCCCGGAGAAGCUCCGCACCUGGCUUGCUGCGCUGGUGGCUCUUGCUGUUAUCCUGGUUGGGUCAUUUGUCUCCGAGGAAUCUGCCGAUAACACUCGAGGAAACCGUGCCAUCUCCCUUCUGGGGCUUGCUGUCAUGAUAGCCGUUCUCUACGCUACUUCGCGUGACCGCCGCAAGAUUCGCUGGCACACAGUCAUUGGCGGCAUGUUGACGCAAUUCGUCAUUGCGGUGUUCGUGCUCCGAACAAAAGCCGGUUACGACAUUUUCAACUUCAUCUCUUUCCUCGCUCGCCAGCUACUGGGUUUCGCAGACCAGGGUACUUCGUUCUUGACGGCGGAAAGUGUCGUCGACCUGCACUGGUUCUUGACUGGGGUUGUCCCACCGAUUAUCUUCUUUGUCGCUUUCGUGCAGGUUCUGUAUUACUUGGGCAUCCUGCAAUGGUUCAUCGGCAAAUUCGCCGUGUUUUUCUUCUGGAGCUUGCGUGUCUCAGGUGCCGAGGCUGUCGUGGCCGCAGCUUCUCCCUUUAUCGGUCAAGGAGAAUCGGCUAUGCUGGUGCGCCCGUUCGUGCCUCAUUUGACCCUGGCUGAAAUCCACCAAGUCAUGUGCUCUGGCUUUGCCACCAUUGCCGGGUCCGUGCUCGUGGCUUACAUUGGGUUGGGAUUAAAUCCGCAGGCUCUGGUUUCUUCUUGUAUCAUGUCGAUCCCGGCGUCGUUGGCGGUGUCGAAGAUGCGAUAUCCGGAAACGGAGGAGACCAUUACCUCAGGUCGAGUGGUCAUUCCGGACGACGAUGAACAUCGCGCAACGAAUGCCUUGCACGCGUUUGCCAAUGGCGCCUGGCUCGGCAUCAAGAUCGCGGGCAUGAUUGUGGCUACUUUGCUUUGUAUUAUUGCAUUGAUUGGCUUGAUCAACGCUCUUCUAGGGUGGUGGGGAAGGUACAUCAACAUCACCCAGGAUGGCGGACCCUAUCUGACGCUCCAACUAAUCCUGGGGUACAUCUGCUACCCAGUGGCCUUCCUUUUGGGUGUGCCUCGCAAUGAUCUCCUCAAAGUGGGGCAACUCAUUGGGAUCAAGGUCGUCGCCAACGAGUUCGUGGCGUAUAACUCUCUCACCAGCGAGGCACAGUAUAUCAACAUGAGCCCACGGUCAAAGCUGAUUGCGACGUACGCCUUGUGCGGGUUUGGCAACUUCGGCUCCCUCGGCACACAAAUCGGCGUGCUCAGCCAGAUCGCACCUUCUCGCUCCGGCGAUGUUUCUCGUGUCGCGCUGUCGGCCUUGUUCUCCGGCGUGCUCUCUACGUUGACUAGUGCAAGUAUUGCCGGUAUGUUGGUGACUGAUCAGGUUACCUUGAGUCAGAAGAGUUCUUAG